AUGGCAGCCUCGGCACACCAGCCAGCGCCGCAGCCCAAGGGCAGACCCAAGAACAGACCGAAGAGCAAGGCCAAGGGCAAGGCGAGGGGCAGAGCGAAGGGAAAGGCGAAAACCAAGGCCGCCAACAGCAAAGCCAAGACCAAGGGCGGCGGCGGGCAGCAGCGGCGCAAGAAGCGUGAUGACGAUGAGGAGUGGGAGGACGAGGGUGAUGGUGAGGGUGAUGGUGAGGGAGAGGCCGAGGGUGAUGGUGAGGGUGCUCGUGACGGUGAGGCCAAGGGCGAGGAGCAGGACGGCGACGGCAAUGGACAUGCUCCCCCGCCCCCCGCCUUCCAGCAAUACGCCGACCAGGCCAAGGAGGCCGAGGUGUUCGCGAUCGCACACGAGGCCGAGCAGGCAGCAGCCAAGCAGAAGGCGCGUGCCGGUGCAGUCGAGAAGAAGGAAGCACAGAAGAAGCUGCGGGCCGAACACAAGCAAAAGGUACCUACAGGCAGGCAGAAAUGGGAUCGAACAUGCAUCUCUCACUGUCGCUUUUUCUCUGUGAGUGGUGUGUGUGUGCGCGUGUGUGUGUGUGGUGUGUGUGUGUGUGUGGAAGACGAGGAGGGUGACACCAAUGCUGUUGAUAAAGGUAGGUGGGAGCAGCACGAGCAACAGAUACCACCACACGCCACGUUGCUCGUGCUGCUCCUUCCAGUUGUUGUUGUUGGUGAUGCGCGGCCGUCGAGCGCUACGUGAGUGCCCACUGUUCGGACGACUGAAAAGGCAUCAGAACAGAAGCACAACAGAAGGGACACCUCAAGCGUGCUCGAUGACUGAGUUUGAGUGAGUGAGUCGUGCUGCCGUACCUCAUCUAGGCAGAUCUGUCGUUCAUGGCUCUGCAUCGUUGGUGCAUCUCUGUCCAUCCAUACAUCUACUUUUGGUGAAAUCGGCGCUAGUCUGCCUCACA